AUGGGAGGCGAUGACGACGUACGCCGUUUUCAGAUUGUGGGACGAUCACACCCCGACAUAACUUUUCGAUUCACUAUAUGUGUACCUCCCUAUCUCAGGGUCCAGGAAAUUCACGCCAAAGGACGUGAACGUGACGGUUCUGAGGUUGAUGGUGCCAAGAGCCGGGUUUUCGGGAAGAGGGCGCGCUUCAGAUCGCCUUCCAGAUGUGUUUGGCGUACUGCUGCAACCGCCUCAUCACGUCGUGGUAUCCAUGUCAUUGGGAAUAUGACGCCUUCUUGGAGACGCUGUAUUCGAGGAUUCAAGGAGUUACUCUCUCCUCAACAUCCUAAUUCUGUCAGGUUGGUCGAAAGACUGCUCCUUAACGCGGAGUCCUUUGAGGAUAAACUUUCGAUCGUGGCAACGCUAGCCAUUCGUCUCCACGUCAUGCUCGGAGAGGAUAGAUCGCCUGAGCGACUGGAGACGUUUUUGAUACCAUCAGGAACCGACUUUGAUGAUGAGUUUAUGGAUAAUGAUUACGCUGAGGGGAAUGAGUCGGAUGAUGGAGAUGAGGUGGUCUGCACUUCCGAUAUCGGCCUGCGAAGAGUGACGAGAGAAGGGAUAAACGUAAUCGUGAAACCCAAGGUCAUUGUACCUGCCGUUCUCGAGCAGAUGGGGCUAUAG